UACAACCGGAAGUCACAAAGCAUAGUGGGUAGCGCGGGCCCUGCAUGUGCAGUGUUGCAAUCUUUGUCGUCUGAAAUCUGCAAUAUUUUCGGAAUUUUGGUUCCCAAUUUGACAACCUUUGGUCGAACGUUCUUCUCAACAGUUUCUUCAAGAUGCCCAGGGGAGGUAGAGGCGGUGGAGGUGGCUUUAAGAAGUCCCAUAAGGGGAGGCAUAGACAGUUCACUAAUGAAGAGGAGCUACGACAACAGGCACUAGCCUCAGAAAAGGACCGGCAAUGGCGGGAAAAGAAAGGGCUGAUAGAUAGUGAUGAAGAAGAAGAGGAGGAAGAGGAACAGGGAGCCAAGAGUAUGGCCAGGGGGAACCCAGGGGACCUCCCUCCCAGUUCAUCUGAAGAGGAGGACAGCUCAGAUGAGGAGGAUGGCAAACCUAAAGGAGUAGAGCAUCUAAUAGAGGUUGAAAAUCCCAACCGAGCCAAGAAUAAGUUGAAGAAAGUGACAGACAUGGACAUGCAGGCUGCAGAGGGGGAACCCAGGCUGUCUAGGAAAGAAAGGGAAGAGAUUGAAAAGCAGAAAGCGAGGGCCAACUAUAUGAAAUUGCACGCGGAGGGGAAAACAGACGAGGCCCGAGCAGAUCUGGCCAGACUGGCGCUCAUUAAGAAACAGAGAGAAGAGGCAGCCAAGAAGAAGGAGGCAGAAAAACAAGAAAGAGAAGCAAAAGCAGCUGCAGCCAAAGACAAGAGAGCAGGAAAGAAAUAACCUUAGCUGGACCAGUCUGUACAUACUUGGAACUCUAUGUAUGUCUUCAUCUCGUGCAUGGCUGUACAGAAGAUAAAAAUAUUCAACAAAAAAAGAAGAAAAAAUUACAAAAUUUGAUGCAAGCUGCUGGUCAAAGUGCUACAUAUACAUGUACUUCAAGACAUAAUGCAAAAACAUGCCACUAACAGUAACAGGUAAUGACUGUAAGUCAAGUAGUAACUGGAUAGUAACUGUAACAGAGGAAACAAUAGCCUUGGCUUUCAUCGCACAUAUAGUAUAGUGCUAUGUUGCAUGUACAAUGUACCUGUAAUACCAUAAAAAUGAAAGGAAUACAAAAAAAAUAUAUGUAGUUUAACUCCUCUAUGCCUUAUAGUCAGGAUUUCUUGCAAGGAACUGAUUUUUAGAGGAGAAUGUCAAAAUCUGUAUGUUUAUCAAAAAUUAAAAAAAAAUCUUCCGACUAGGGGAGGGGAGAUCUUGAAGGUUUCUUUUACAAAUUAAAUAUUAGAAGAUACAAAGCAAUCUCAUCAGCAUGCAAAGUAAAUAGGUGUUACUAGCAUUAUAAUAAUGACUUUGAAGUAUUUGAGUAAAUUGUCAGAAAUACUUGUAUUAAGCACUUCAACUCAUCACAAAAAAGUCAUAUUCUAUGUAGAAACCCUGUUAGUUUCUUCUACACUUAAAAUCAAAUACUAGUAUUGCUUCUUGCAGUUCACUGCCUUGUACUGUAUUAGAGCCCAGGAAAUAGUAAAUACAAUAUAUGCCAUUAUUCAUGUUAUUUACAUAAUUAUGUUAUUUCUUGACACUAGAACAACGAAAUAAACAGUACAAUACA